ACUUCCCGCGAGCGCUAUGGCUCUGCCGAGUUUGGACGUGGUGGGGGAUUUCUGACAGCGGCGGCGCUGCGGGGAGAAAGCGGGGACGUGACCAGCGUGAAGAGCCUUCUCCCCUGUCCCGCCCGUCCUGCUCCUCUAACUCGGCGAGUCCUCCGCGGCGGCUUCAUGGCGGCCUCGGACUGCUAGAAGGUUAAGUCUGAUGUGUGACAGCGCCACCAGCUUUCUCCUCCGCCACGAUGGUCGACAUGGAGAGCCACUACCACCCUCCAUCCCCUUUGGAGGACUCGGUGCUAGAAAGCUCCUUGUGUGCGGACGAUGAUCUCAUGGGCAGCAUGGAUGAGCUCCAGGAUAUCUCCCAGUCCAUCGACGACGAUGCCCUGAGCUCCUUUGAUGUCCCAGAGUACCAGUCAUCCAGCAAUGGUUCAGAAGGUUCCACUGUCAUAGAUGCCCUGACACCAGCGUCCAGCCCGUCAUCCGUGGUUUAUGGCUUGGCAUCGAGCCAGGAGGAGUUCUCAUCUUCCUCCUCCUCCCUCAAUCUUGAGUGUCGGGUGUGUGCUGACCGCGCAUCAGGCUACCACUAUGGAGUUCAUGCCUGCGAGGGUUGCAAGGGUUUCUUUAGGCGGACCAUCCGCCUGAAGCUAGAGUAUGACAAGUGUGAGCGUCGCUGCAAGAUCCAAAAAAAGAACCGCAACAAGUGCCAAUACUGCCGCUUCCAAAAGUGCCUGGCAGUGGGCAUGUCCCACAAUGCCAUUCGAUUCGGCAGGAUGCCUCAGUCGGAGAAGCUGAAGCUGAAGGCGGAGAUGGUGGUAGGUGAGCGAGAGGUGGAGGAUCCCCAGCUGGCUGAUCAGAAAAGCCUGGCCAAGCAGAUUUAUGACGCCUACCUCAAGAACUUCAACAUGACCAAGGCCAAGGCUCGGACCGUUCUCACGGGCAAGACCAGCACCCCUCCUUUCGUCAUUCACGACAUGGAAACGCUGCAGCGGGCAGAGCAGACGCUGGUGGCCAAGAUGGUGGGCUCUACCGGCGCGCUGAAGGACCGCGAGGCCGAAGUCCGUAUUUUCCACUGCUGCCAGUGCACGUCGGUGGAGACCGUCACGGAGCUCACCGAGUUCGCCAAAUCCGUGCCGGGCUUUGCCGCCCUGGACCUUAACGAUCAGGUGACUCUUUUGAAGUACGGCGUGUACGAAGCUCUCUUUGCCCUGCUGGCCUCCAGCAUGAACAAGGAUGGGCUCCUCGUGGCGUACGGCUCGGGCUUCAUCACCCGGGAGUUCCUGAAAAGCCUGCGCCGACCGUUCAGCGACAUGAUGGAGCCCAAAUUCCAGUUUGCCAUGAAGUUUAAUGCGCUGGAGCUGGACGACAGCGACCUGGCUUUGUUCGUAGCCACCAUCAUCUGCUGUGGAGACCGGCCUGGCCUGGUGAAUGUGGCGCACAUCGAUGCAAUGCAGGAGAACAUCGUGAAGGUCCUGCGGCUCCACCUGCUGGGCAACCACCCCGACGACGCCUUCCUGUUCCCCAAGCUGCUGCAGAAACUGGCUGACCUCCGGCAGCUGGUCACGGAGCAUGCUCAGCUGGUGCAGGAGAUCAAAAAGACAGAGGACACGUCGCUGCACCCGCUGCUACAGGAGAUCUACCGAGACAUGUACUGAGGACUGUAGGGGGGGAAAAAAUGUAAAAAAAGAGGUUGCACUGCUCGACCAGUUCAGUCUCCAGCACCGCAAGAGUUCUGGUUGGCUGGACUCGUUUAGACACGCCGGAACGCAAUGUCUGACCAAACCCUGACAAGCUAACUGGAGGUGAGCUGGGUCGCCCCGUCUGUCUCUGAGCCAUAUGACGAGGAGGAAAGAAAAACCAACUCCAGCAGUCUUUUCUAUGGAUGUGGAGGAGCAGAGAGCCAUAUUCGGAUAAAGUCCAGAGCGCCGAAAACCACUUCAGAGGCAGCAACAGGAGGGCCGCUGCUUCGGAGCCAAGCAGACGCUCUCAGAAUCCAGUCCGCCAGCCUUUUCACCUCGACGCAGCACGCUGUAGUGUUCUUCGCCGCAGCCGUUCUCAGCACCAGGACAAAAAUCUCUUUCCUUCAAAAGAUUAGAUUUCCUUCCUUACUAAAGUCCGUCCAAACUGGUCCAGAAACUUCAUAGCAAUAAUCAUUUUGAAAAGCAGUUUCGGCUUGAGGUUCUUUUUCUCUGGAAGGAAGACUCUGACACCCGUCUUUGACUAAACUGGACGUCCAUGAAAUACCUCUUUAUUAGACGACACAGAUUUAAGGCUCUCCUCCUGUGUCCUCUUCCAGUUUAAGGGCUAACGCAAUGUAAAAGAAAUCAUGUAAAGCAAUAAUUUCUGCUAUCAGCUGCUUCUUUGAUCUCAUAUCACCUCCAGCUGAUGAAGAUUUUGCCUGCAUAAAAAGGUUUAUCAAUCCAGAGAAAGGUACAAACCUGUGGGUUCAUCAAUUUAAAAUUGUUUUAAUUAUAUUAAUUAUAAUAUCUAGGAAAUUCCCAGCACAAAAGAAAAAAACAAAACACUUCUUCGGCUGUCUGAAUUGAAUAAUGAUGACUCAGCAAUUUUCCAUGAGCGCAAUAAUGGUUGUUUUAAACGUCCUCUUCCCAGUGUUUCUACAGAAGUCCUGGAGAGUUGGAAUGACACAAGUGUGAGAGAAUAGCUACUGAUCCAACAAAUCCCCACAGAAGUUGUUGAAUCUGCUGCGAGGCUGUCCUCACUGGGAAACAGAAAGUGCAAUGUCAAGCCAGAUUACCUCAAGCAUCCACCAUACCACUGUUUUUUGUUUUUCAUUUGUCGAUGAUAAACCUGAUGGAGACUUUCACCUGGUUUCUUCUAAAUUUGCAUGCGUCUCUGUCUUUCCAGUGGUUUGUGCACUGGCCACUUUAAAAGGUCCACCUGUCCAAUCGUAUGCAACCGAGCUCAGCACCUCUGCCAGAAAGGAACUUUUUCUAGAACUGUCAGAAGGACGAGGUUUUUGUUUGGUUUUGAAAAGCUACAGUCACCGUCAGUCAGGAGUGAAGUUGUUUAGGGUCAUUUUGCCCUAAAUAACAUUUAUAUUUUCCUUCAUUUGAUUUAGUGGAGCCAAACUAUUGCAGUCACAGCGGAAAAUAAUCCAGUAUGUUCCAAAAACACCCAUGGUAAUUUUAGCGAUGGACUAAAUAUUUUCACGUUUUUCAAGCUUUCUACACACAGCCACUGUAAGUUUGGGGAAAAAACUGUCUGAUGCACUGAAAAAGAAAAUGAAAAUAAGAAGCAAACAUGUGAAAUUCUCAUUUUUUUUAAUGUGGCUUUGGCCUAAAUGUGAAAUAGGAUCAAAUCUUUGAGUAAAUCUGAUCGGCGCUUCUCAAAUCCACAGUGUAGGAGUGUGAUGUAAAUAGAUUGGAUGUGUAUCUAGGCAACUGGUACUCUGAAUUGCACAGUUUUGAGCUCCCACUAACCAUCUGAAUUAAGGGAUAAAUAAAUAAUAAAAACACACUAAGUCUCUGCAAAGUUGCACUGAGCAGUUCAGGUCGAAGAAUUCAAACUUUCUCAUUGAUCUCCCCCUUCCACGUUAUCAAAAGUUAUCGUUUCAUUGGGAUUUGUCGUUUAACACCCCAAAGUGUUCCGUUUUCUCUCUAACAAUCUAUUUUUUUUCCUAUACAUCACUCCAGAUUAAUGGAUAAUCUGUAUUGCACUCAAUUUGCCACAACAUCACAAGCUAUAGCUGAUGCUGUAUACGUCGAACAUACAGUUUCUGUCUGGCUUUACUCUCCUCACUUGCUGCUAUAAUGCACUAACUCACCAGAUUGUUGUUUUUUUGUUUUUGUUUGGGGGGGGGGUGAUUUUAUUUUUUUUGUUCUGCCACAAAUAGAUUACAGACCGUCAAGCUGCCUCCACACACGGAUCAAUUCUGGUCACACCAGGGUAAACGCUUCACGCUUUUCUCCUUGCAUGUCUCGGGAUCGGCCUGGCAGGGAACCACAAAGACUUGUGCCUUCGUUCGUGUAAAUGCCAGAAUAAAUAAAAAAAGAUGUAAAGUUUACACAGACAUGGUCAAAGUGGGUGUCUUUAGCUUGACCUAUAGCUUUGCAAUGGCACAGCAGCUUCCCGUGGACAGGAAGAGUUUGUGGAUUUCUGAACAUAUCCUGUUGAUGAAGUCAAUUCAUCAUUUUCACAAAGAAGUAAAGUUUAAUGGUUGAAAAUUAGACAAAAAUAAGAGCAGAUGGUAGAAAUGCCAGUUUUGUCAUGAAUCAUGUCUGUGUUUCUGUAGAUGUGCAGAAAAGGGAAUUUGAACUUGUAUCAGGGAAUGUUAUCGUCUUCCUUAAAGCUAGCUCAGGACAUAGAGAGGUACUGGUUUUCCUUCUCUGUCCAACUCUUAAAUGAGUUGUAGUGUUGUCCAGCAGCAGAAAAACACCAAUUUUAGCAGAAACGUAUAAUAAUUGUAUUUGUCUUUCUUCCAAAACUGAUAGAUGAUGUUACCUGGUGACGGGGCAGAUGUCAUAGGGACUACAUAUUGGAUUUCCCCCCAGAAUAGUUUGUUUCAUUGGCCCAAGUGUCAUAUUGAGAAGAGAUGGACAUUGUCUUCAGAUGUGAUGUCACUGUGUACUGUGGCUUGAUAACAAUACUGUAAAUGUUUGAUGAAUGUGUAUUUAGUCAAUUAACAAAAAGAUGAAUUGACAUUAAAUGGAUUUACAAAUAAAAUUGUUUUAAAACAAA